AUGGCCGCUUACCACUCCCACAGUCUGCGCGACCGGACGGGGGAGUUCUUCGCGAUCGCGGACAGGCUUCAAAAGCAGCAGGGUGCCGCGUCCACGUCGGGCAGCCAGGAGGGGACUGCAGGCCCAGGCGUUGGGUCCAGAGCUGGAGCUGGGGUCGGGCAGUCCGAAUUCGCCCGACGGGCCUCCACCAUCGGCAUGGGCAUCCACAGGACGUCGGCCAAGCUGCAGAGCCUGGCGGCCCUGGCGCGCCGCACGUCGAUGUUCGACGACCCCGCACGGGAGAUCGCCGAGCUGUCGGGGAUGAUCAAGGCGGACAUAACGCGGCUGAACGCGGACAUCGCGGAGCUGCAGGUGGCGUCCGCGGCGCGGGACGGGGGGACCAACGUGCAGUCUUUGAAGCACUCCAACACAGUUGUGGAUGACCUGAGGGUGCAGCUCAAGGACACCACCAAGGAGUUCCAGGACGUGCUGAGCCUGAGGACAGACAACCUGAAGGGGCAGGACAAUCGAAGGAAGCGGUAUUCCAGUGCUGGGGGAAAGCAAAAUGGCUUCAUGGAAACGCAGCCUCUCCUGCGUCAGCCAGUAGCUCACGGACCUGGCAGAAGUGCGCACAACUUGUUUGGCGGAGAGGGUGGCAAAGGUCCCAGUGGCAGCACAGCCAUUACAGUUUUGGGUGACUCUAGGCAGCCACAGCAGCAACAACAGCAGCAGCUGGCAGUCGCCAGUCCCCAGAACAGCUACCUGGACUCCAGAGCCACAGCACUGCACACAGCAGAGGCGACCAUUGUGGAGCUCGGAGGCAUCUUUCAACAGCUGGCGCACAUGGUAGCAGAGCAUGGAGAGAUGGCGAAGCGGAUCGAGGAUGAUGUCGUCGACACCGACACCAACGUCAUGAUGGCGCAGACGCAGCUGCUCAAGUACCUAAAUGGCAUAUCGUCGAACAGGUGGCUCAUAAUGAAGGUGUUCAUGGUCCUCAUGGCCUUCGUCGUCAUUUUUGUGUUCCUUCUUUAG